AGAUGCGGGAGGACUGGUGAUAGUGAGUGAGGAAAUGGAGGACUAAGAUGGUGGUUGGCGCGGGGGUGAGGACCUCGUGUAGGACGCGCUCAAGCAUUUAGCAGGGACACCUCCCGGGGGCCUUUCUCACUGCCGCGCCUGCGCGUCGCCGUCCUUGCCUACACCUGGCUGAGGCCGCGCUGGAGCUGCUCUUCGCUGCUUAAUGAUUUUCUGCCGUUUCUUGGCAAAAAUGGCAACCAGCGAUGCUGUUCUGAAGAGACUAGAACAGAAGGGUGCAGAAGCAGAUCAAAUCAUUGAAUAUCUUAAGCAGCAAGUUGCUCUUCUGAAGGAGAAAGCAAUAUUGCAGGCAACUUUAAGAGAAGAGAAGAAACUUCGAGUUGAAAAUGCUAAACUGAAGAAAGAAAUCGAAGAACUAAAACAAGAUCUAAUUCAAGCAGAAAUUCAAAAUGGAGUGAAGCAGAUACCAUUCCCAUCUGGCACUUUGCUGCAAGCUAAUUCUACAGGUUUUGAAAAUGUGCUGCAAUCUACAUCAAUAACAACCACCUCUUCUGGUACAAAAGAACAGAUUAAAGAAGGGGGAGGAGAAGAAAAGAAGGUAAAAGAGAAAACUGAAAAGAAAGGAGAGAAGAAGGAGAAAAAGCAGCAGUCAGUAGCAGCCAGUGCUGACUCUAAGCCAGUAGAUGUGUCGCGACUAGAUCUUCGAAUUGGUUGCAUCAUCACUGCCAAAAAACACCCUGAUGCAGAUUCUUUGUAUGUAGAAGAAGUAGAUGUUGGAGAAACAACCCCAAGAACGGUUGUCAGUGGACUGGUGAAUCAUGUUCCUCUAGAACAGAUGCAAAAUCGGAUGGUGAUUUUACUUUGUAAUCUGAAACCUGCAAAAAUGCGGGGGGUGCUUUCCCAAGCAAUGGUGAUGUGCGCUAGUUCACCAGAGAAGGUGGAGAUUUUGGCUCCUCCUAACGGGUCUGUUCCUGGAGACAGAAUUACUUUUGAUGCUUUCCCUG